UAAUAGUUACCUCAUUUCGUAUCACUCAGAUGAUGAUAAUUCAAGAAAUUAUGCAAAUUGUAUAUUCUUUUAUAAAUAUGAUAGUCAUUUUUUUGCAUUUAUUCAAAAAUAUGAAAACUGGGAUAAAACGAUAUCAUCGUUUCUCAAGAUACCUCAAGAAAUGUUAUCGAAAUUGGAUGAAUUAUUCCAAUUGAAAGUACAAACAAAUACAUUUGAUGUCAUACAAGUGGAAAAAAUUAAAUAUAAAUGUAUAGGUGUACCUUUUAAUGAUGCUUUGUGUAUUACAGAAAUUCGUGCUGAUCGUGAACAUGAUUGAUUUUUUUUAUGUACAAUUAAAUAUUUUAAUAUUAGUUGUUUCUAUUUUUGUUUUCUAAUAAUGGUUUUUUUCAUUAAUUGACAAUAAAAUACAGAAUUAAAAUUAGAAUAUGUAAACUUUCUCACCCCCACCGCAAUCACAUUAGUAAUGUUUGUUUAUUUUAAAACAUUGCUUAUCGUAGUAUUUUACUGAUAUGUUUUGUUUAUUUGUAGAUGAAUAAUCCGUAUGCCAAAAAGUUUUUGAAAAGUCGUCGUGGAAAUAAUGAAGAAGAAGUUUAUGUGUUACUUAUGUUUCCGAAAGAAAAAAAUUAUAGUCCAUCAAAAUUAUCAAAAUUAACCGAAAUUCCAUUUCCACGUGUCACAGGUGAACUCGAUGAAUUAGCAAAGAUUAUUGACGAUAUUAUUGCUCAUGAGAGCGGAAAAGAAACUGACACUGCUGAUGAUGAUUAUGGAGAACAACAUUCAUCGACUUUAAAGUCAAUAACAACAUCAAAAAAUACAGCUAAGAAAAAAUUAAAACGUCAGUUGUCAACAAACAGUGACGAUAAAGAAUCAUUCUCAACAACAGCAGCAAAAAGAUUUUGUGGACGUGAAUUAUUAUAUGAUAAAGAAAAAAGUCAUGAGAAUCCAUCACAAACGAAUAAAGAACUCAUUUCAUUAUUGACCAUAUCAUUAGAAAAUAGUGAAAAGAUAGAAAAACAAAAUAAUAAAAUUAUUGUAGCACAAACAAGAAUAGAAAAUUUGAUUAAGUUAUUAUUUAUAAAUCAAAAGAAAAUUCAAAAAGCACUGAGUAAACAUAAAGUUUAUAUUCCAUUAGAAGAUCCAGAAGAAUCAGAAAAUACAAUCAAAAAUGAAGCAUUUCAAACAACAAUGGUAUUUGAACAUGAGGGUCGUACAGUUGAUGCAUUAAAAUUGCUGGCUCACCCAGAUCCAAAAAAUCUUUAUGUCACAAAAUUAAUUGAUAUAUAUUACAAAGCAGAAGAUUUUAUUUAUUAA